GGUGCCAGGUUGCAAGAGCUACACACUGCGGCUCUGUCCGGUCACGGCAGAGAGGGGUGUCCUACUAACUUCACCAAAACUUUCACGAAACUCAGUCAUCAGAAAAACACUGACUGAAUGACAAAAGUGUCGCAACUCGCUUCACUCCUGCUUUAAUGAAACUUUAACUACUUUAUGUUGCGUCUUAUUUUUUCUGAUUUUUACCUAAGACCGAGGCACUGGCCGCACAUCCAGUUUGAUAAGUUUUGAAUGAGCCGGGUCACGUUUGCGUAAAGAUUUUUGUCUCUUUUUCCCCUUAUUUUAAUUUCACGUUGGGAUAACGUUUUUUGUUUUUUGUACUUUGUCAUUUAAGACUCGUGAUGGCUGUCCUGUCACUAGCUUUACUACUUGUAGGACUGACUUCAGCUGCCAAGGCUGGUGAAGUAGAUAGAGAGGACCAGUUGAAGAGCCGGCUGAAAGAAUACGGCCUGGUCACCCCCUUCAGCACCGACUCCCACGGACACUACCUGUCACACCUGCUCUCCGCCACUCACAAGCAGCGUGUUAAGAGGGAGGUGCUUGAAAACGGUGAAACCGAACAGAGGCUUUUCUUCAACAUCACUGCCUUCGGAAAGGAGUUUCACCUUCGUCUGCGGCCGAACAGCAGGCUGGUGGCGCCUGGCGCGAUGGUGGAGUGGCACGACGAGGUCCCGGGAUUCAGAAACGGCAGUGCUGGCAACGAUUCUAGCGUGGGCGCCAACCAGACUGAAUCCACCAAUGGCACGGAGAGGAUACUGCGCCGUGAGCUGCUCAAGACAGACUGCACCUUUACCGGUGACAUCACAGACGUCCCCGGGGCCUCGGUUGCCAUUAACAACUGCGAUGGGUUGGCUGGGAUGAUUCGCACCGAAUCGGAUGAGUACUUCAUCGAGCCGCUGGAGAAAGGCACUCAGGAGCUGGAGGACCAGGGCAGGGUCCACGUGGUUUACCGCAGGUCAGCUCUGCUGCAGACUCCCUUGGACAUCUCUGUGGAUUACCAGCUACAAGAACCGGAGCUCGAUGUUCCCGGGAGCCUCGACUCAGUAACCCGACAGGUGAAUGAGACGGUCCGGCGCCGCAGACGGAGGGACGCUGGAGAGGACGACUACAACAUCGAAAUCCUGCUGGGAGUCGAUGACUCAGUGGUCCGAUUUCACGGCAAGGAGCAUGUGCAGAAUUACCUCCUCACACUGAUGAACAUAGUGAAUGAGAUUUACCAUGACGAGUCUCUGGGAGUCCACAUCAACGUGGUGCUGGUCAGGAUGAUUAUGCUGGGGUAUGCCAAGUCCAUCAGCCUCAUUGAGAGAGGCAACCCAUCGCGGAGCCUGGAGAACGUGUGCCGCUGGGCCUUUGUGCAGCAGAAAGGCGAUCCCGAUCACGCCGAACACCACGACCACGCAAUUUUCCUCACUCGCCAAGGCUUCGGCCCCACAGGGAUGCAGGGUUACGCUCCGGUCACAGGAAUGUGCCACCCAGUCCGGAGCUGCACCCUGAACCACGAAGACGGCUUCUCCUCCGCCUUUGUUGUGGCUCAUGAGACCGGACACGUGUUGGGCAUGGAGCACGAUGGCCAAGGCAACCGCUGUGGGGACGAAACGGCGAUGGGAAGCGUGAUGGCCCCACUGGUGCAGGCGGCCUUCCAUCGAUACCACUGGUCAAUGUGCAGCGGGCAGGAGCUGAAGCGAUACAUCCACACGUAUGAUUGUCUCCUGGAUGACCCCUUCAAACAUGACUGGCCGGAGCUUCCUGAACUUCCUGGCAUCAACUACUCGAUGGAUGAGCAGUGUCGAUUUGACUUCGGGGUCGGCUACAAGAUCUGCACUUCCUUUCGCACAUUUGACCCGUGUAAACAGCUGUGGUGCAGCCACCCAGACAACCCCUACUUCUGUAAAACCAAGAAAGGGCCACCUCUCGAUGGGACCGAGUGUGCACCUGGAAAAUGGUGCUACAAAGGUCACUGCAUGUGGAAAAACCCUAAUCAGGUCAAGCAAGAUGGUGCCUGGGGCUCCUGGAGCAAAUAUGGUUCCUGCUCACGCUCCUGUGGAACUGGAGUUCGAUUACGGACCCGUCAGUGCGCCAACCCUGCCCCAUCGAACGGCGGCCAGGACUGCCCAGGAGUAAACUACGAGUACCAGUUGUGCAACGCAGAUGACUGUCCCAGGCACUUUGAAGAUUUCAGAGCUCAGCAGUGCCAGCUCCGCAACUCCCACUUUGAAUUCCAAAAUGCCAAACACCACUGGCUGCCCUACGAGCAUCCUGAUGCAAACAGAAGAUGCCACUUGUAUUGCCAGUCCAAGGAGACAGAAGAUGUGGCGUACAUGAAGGUGCUGGUGCAUGAUGGGACACGAUGUUCUUACAAGGACGCCUACAGCAUCUGCGUGCGUGGAGAGUGUGUGAAAGUUGGCUGUGACAGAGAAAUUGGCUCUAGCAAGGUUGAGGACAGAUGUGGGGUUUGCGGUGGAGACAAUUCUCACUGCCGCACCGUCAAAGGAACCUUCACCCGCACGCCGAAGAAAGCUGGGAAGACGAGAGGCGCCUUUUCUUUGCCCAAAGGAGCUCGAAAUGUGUUUGUAAAUGAAACAGAGGACUCUCGAAAUGUACUUGCAAUCAAGAACCAGGCGACGGGGCAUUACAUCCUCAAUGGCAAAGGAGAGGAGGUCAAGUCCAGAAGCUUCAUCGACUUGGGCGUUGAAUGGCAUUACAUCAUCGAGGGCGACGUAGAGACGCUGCAGACCGAUGGCCCUCUGUACGACCCCGUGGUGGUGCUGAUUAUGCCAAAGGACAAUGAGACACGGUCGACUCUGAUGUAUAAGUACAUCAUCCAUGAAGAUUCGGUGCCCAUCAACAAUAACAAUGUCAUCCAGGAGGAGACCUAUGAGUGGGCUCUGAAGAGCUGGUCUCCGUGUUCCAAGCCAUGUGCUGGAGGGUUUCAGUACACCAAGUAUGGAUGUCGGAAAAAGGGAGACACCAAGAUGGUUCAUCGAGGCUACUGCGACGCUGGCAAGAGGCCCAAACCCAUCCGAAGAAUGUGUAACCUUCAGGACUGCACACAGCCUCAAUGGAUCUCAGAAGAAUGGGAGCACUGUACCAAAACCUGCAGCAGCCUAGGCUUUCAGAUCCGAACCGUUCGCUGCGUACAGUUCCUGCAUGAUGGCACGAACCGCUCCAUCCACAGCAAAUACUGCAGCGGCGAGAAGCCCGAGAGCCGAAGGCCCUGUAACAGAGUGCCGUGUCCUGCCCAGUGGAGGACCGGAGCCUGGUCAGAGUGUUCUGUGACGUGUGGAGAGGGGAUAGAAAGGCGUUUGAUCACCUGCCGGAUUGGAGAUCAGUGUAACGGAGAAAAGCCCGAAAACGUGAGGCCGUGCAAACCUGGACCCUGCCACGAUGAGCCGUGUAAUGGGGACAAAUCCAUCUUCUGCCAAAUGGAGGUGUUAGCGAGAUACUGCUCUAUCCCAGGCUACAGCAAGCUGUGCUGCGACUCCUGCAGUAAGCGCACCGGAGCCCUGUCUAUGUUCUCGGAGGCGGCUGAGACCGAGGAACACGUUCGCUUCGGAUCAGCCUCACAGCUCCUUGAGACGCUAACGGCUGCAGUAGCGGCCAACGGCACUCGCGGUGGGAAACAAGGCGCGGGCAAAGGAUCCGCCACAUCGGGCGGUGCAGCAAAACACAUCACCACGCCUGCUCCAGUUAAGAAAACCCCAUCAAAGAUCGCUACAGCACCAAGGCGGGUUCCACGGCAUGCGGACCUCACUGACAGGAAGCUGUCCACCCAGGCUGGUCCUACUCAGGGUCAAAGGUCAAGCAGUUUGGUGGACAGUCGGCAGCCUGUGGCAUAUUCUGAAGUGGAGCGAUGAAAGUCAUAGCUUUUGCCUUUAGGACUCGUAAUGUACAGUAGAUAAUCCAGCUUCAUCCUGAGUCUUCUCACACCAGAAAACACAGAGAAAGAAAAGUGCUGGUUCACUUUGUAAGAAUUUGACCCUGAUACGGACUCUAAAUAUCUCUUUAACCACCUGCAGCUUCCAGAUUGCUGAGGCUGAAACAGCCGUGCUACUUUGCCCUCAUACUUCUAUAUUAAUAUGAAACAAAUAUGAAAUCAUUUCAAGGUGUAGGGGCACGUGAGCCACGGGGAGUUUUCAACCGUGUCAAAUGAAAAGCUAAAUUACGUUCGUAGUGAAUACUUUCAGGGAUACAAAACAGCCAAAGGACAGUAUUCAAAAGAUGUUUGUCGCUCUGACUCAUACAUUCCCGAUGUCUGACAUUUAUUUCAUUUUAUCACCUUGUUCACUUGUUCAGGCAAAUGUUUCUCUAAUGUCACCUGCACAGUGAAAACUGAGAGAGCAGGUGGAGGAAGGUGUCUGCAUUCCCCCUCCGGACGAGCGGUCGCCUGGUCUCGUUACUGAAUAAACCAGACUCCUGCUGCCUGCAGAGCAGCUCUGCUGCUGCAGGUAUCCAGAGAGAACGUGUGAGCAGGUGCAGAGACCAGAGCUAACCCAGCUGUGUAGAUUUAGUAGAACUCAGAGUAUGCAAAUAGAUGCAAGAAUUGGUUUAAAUGCCUCUUGCAUUUCAGUUCAUUUAAAAGUGACUCCACUAAAGGCCGCCCAUAUGGAAAAACUUCUAUGAUUUACUCAUGAAAGUGGCCACUUUCUCAUUACUUUCAUGUAUUGUUUUAGUAUCCAAAACAUACAAGUUUCAUUAUAUAAAUGUGUUUUCACUCUUAUAUGCUUUUCAUACAAGUUUCACACAAGACAGAUACAAACUUUAUAAGAUUUAUAUAGAUCUUUUCCAUGUGGGCACGUUUGCCACGUUGGUUCUUUUUGGAUAAAUCUCAGCUUUACGAUGCGUUUAAUUGAUUGCAUCCAUAUCCUGUCCCCACAUUGUGACCUUUGAGGUAGAUGUCAGAGUUCGGUGUCAUUUUAAAGUUAACAAUAGUCAAAGCCAGAUCAGCUGAGAAUUCCCACUACUUGAAUGUUACAAACUGCCAGUUUUCUUGCCAGAAAUCGAACUUUAAAGCUCGACUUACAGAAAGUUCAGCCGUCAAAAUAUUCAGUGAAAAAUGAUUUACCGUACUUUAAGUGAAUAUGAAACAGGAACAGAGAUGAAUUUCCCCGGCGCACUAUUUAUAAAGCUUCCUGUAAAUGCUGUACAUGAGAAUAUCAGUAUUCUUUUAAGAAGGUGGGAUGCUUUCAAAUACAUUUUUAACCAGUUCUGACAGAUGUUGGUGCCAGUGUUUACCCUUCCAGGGACUGUUCACAUGGGCAGAAAGGGAUUAUUGACUGAUCAUUGAUGUAGCUUUCCUUUCAGAAUGCCAUGAAGGUUUCUGUUCUAACUUAAGGAAAAGUCAAAGUGCAGAGAGAUGAGAUGUUUGAUACCUUGUAUGACACAAUUAAGUUAGUUUUUCAUAAACACUGAAAACAUGGGGAAAGCUAACCGGCUCUGUCCAAAGAAAACACCACCUAUCAGCACCGAAGCAUUCAUCCUGUUUCUGUGUUUAGUACAGGAACAGCUUUGUUAGACAGAGCUCACUUAUUGCUUUGCUGCACCAAGCUGGCUGCCUUUCAUAUUUAGCUUUGUUCCAUGUUUUUCUCUUCUUCUCAGAAAUACUUAAGGGCAAAGAAGAGAACUAACUAAAGAGCAUGCGCAUAUAAAAUAGACCGCACAACACUCAGGUUAAAGGACCAAAAUUAUUCAUAAUACAUGUAAAAUGUGUUUUUACUUUAGCCUCACUUUUACCGUGACUUUUCGUUAACCUGUGAAAAGAAAGAAAUGCAAUCCGAUAUCAGCACACCGCUAUAAAUCCUUGUCCUGUGAAGCUUUCUGUUUGUGUUUGUUAUUGAGGUCGUAGAGGGCAGUGAUGUGGGAAGGAAGGGAGGCAGCCUAUGUAGCCUACACGUCCUCACUGCCUGAAACCUCCAUAAUCAGGUAAAAUCAUAAGAACCUUUGAGGAAUGUCAGCAAAGAGUGAAAAUGAUGAGUUGUUAGCAGAACUGCUGUGUUAGAUUGCAUUCGCGUUCACAGGUGAGCCUAAUAACUAAAGCUGCAUUAGUUGACUUUUGACCACUAGGGACCAGACAAACUCAAAAACAAAUUAUCUUUAACUUUUAGACACAUUAAAUAUUCUCCCCGUGCAAUGAAGUCCGACUUAUUUUAGCUCAGGAGUCCCCGCCAUCUCUCACUGUCUUCACCACCCAGCUGUUUGUUCCAGCUGUGCUUUUAGCUUUUUUAUGAAGAGCUAAAACAAUGUAAUCUGUCAGUACUGAGCUUGGAAAAUUGAUCUACCCUUUCACAGUCUGCCGAUACAGAGCCAUGUCAUUCAGUUUUAAUAUGAAAAUUGCUUAAUGACCCUUGGAGCUCGUUAGAUCCUUUCAUGAUUAGCCUGAACGAGGUUCUCUGGUACGUGUUACGUUUGCAGGAACAAAGCUUUGUUGUAAGUACAAUAAGCUGGAAUUUAAAAAAAGACUUACUGUAUGUGGAACAUCUUUCUUUCCAGAGUAUUCUCUAAAUGGCUUUUUUAUUAAGGUGGAAAAAGGUUUUGGAGAGAGAAAGCUAUUUAUUUAUAAGUGGAUUUCCUUGCAACCACCAUGCAUCUGACUGCAAUAGCAAAAGGCACAGAUUUGUGUUUUCAGCAAAGAAAUAGCUUGCAACUAUCCACACUCAGUCCUGUGUGCCAAUGUAUAGAACAUGUAUAUAGCAUUGAGUGCAUAAGUAUUUAUUGAAAGUUAAAGGGUUCUGCUUUGUUGUCGCAGCGUGUGCAGCAGCCGGCCGAUAAGCUGCAUUGGAUAAACCAUUGAAAACUGAUCACCUCUUUCUCCGGUCAUAUUUUCACAUUGGAAGCAGAUUUGUGCUUGUUAACGAACACAGUAGAGUAGAAAUGACAUUGUUUUUGCAAACAAUUAGAUGUAAAUAUACAUGCUCAAUUUUGAGAUGUUUUACUUGUCAGAAAGCUGUUUUUUCACAGCUGUUGUGUAGAAGUCUUUAUCCGAGUCGUUGCAACGCAGCAGCGUGAACUGACCAGACAGAUGCUUUAUUUUAACCGAUAAAACAUGAAUAGCGUAGUACCAGUAAAGCUGCUUUAUGCUGUUUGUAGUUGGCAGUAUUUUCAUUUUCCUCCCAGUUCUUUUCACAGCAUUUACUUGCUGCCUAUAAACUCUGCUGCUAAUGCUAUAGAGAGCUUGUAAUGAUAACUAGAGUAGCCGUAGAUGUUACUUUGACAAUCCCUGAGCCUCAGACAGCUGUUAUUGCAUAGGAUUUUCCAUGUACUGUAUCAAUACCCCUGUGCUGUCCAUGCAUUGAAGUAUUGGAUUGUCAUGAACGCAAGUCACUCUGUUCUAUUUGCUUUACUAUGUAUUUGUGUAGAUUGAAGUGUACACUACUGAUGCUGUUUGUUGUAAUGGGGAGCACAUAGCAAUAAAAGAAAUAAUUAUCUAGUCUGUGUUCUUGCCUUCGGCUCUUUCCACCAUUGCUUUUUCUUCUGGGAAGUGAAUUGAUGCAGAAAAGAGAUAUUCUUGGUAUGUAGUAAUAACAGUGAUGUAAAAUAAGCCCAGAGCUCCUGCAGUCUGUAAACAUCCUGUCUAUCUUUGGAUUGUUCAGAACACGACAUACACACAAAAAACCACGAAAGCAUAUUCAGAGAUUUUGAUCAUCAUGCUUAAUUUCUUUUAUUAACGAAAAGACCAAUCAUGUGUCUGCGAUGGGUCCCUGCUUUUGGCUUUUUUAAUGAAAUCCAGACUAAAAACAUGACAUUAUAUCACUUUUCCUUUUCACAUACAACGACGCUGAAGCCGUUUUCCUGCACUCCAAAGUCUUCGUCUCCUUCAAAUUAAAAGCCAACCAAUUCCUCAUUGAUCACAGCUUCCUGCCUUUUCCUUGUAUCACAAUUAAGUGAUUGUUUAAUGUUUUGAGUUAUUCGCAGUUGCUGGCAGGAGAUUGAUAGAUGCCUUCUUUUACAUGUACAGUAUGAGCUUUGGAGGCAGUUGUAGGUUUUGGUGCUGCUUUCUGUGUCCUUCCCCUAAACCAUGAUGGUGAACAAGCUUUGUCUUCAGGUCAUGUGAGAGUUGUUUUGAGACCCCCGUGUUGCUACUGAGAGAAAAUUAAAAGAGGAGGGAAACUUAGUUUACCCCCCUUAAAUACUCUUUCUCAUUAUUGGAUUCACCUGUGUACAGAGAUGGGCA